AUGCAUUUAACAAGGCCAACGUCCUCCAAAGGGCGAAGCAGACUGGCUGUUAACGACUCUCCGUCUUCCGGUGACGCUGACGGGAUACAGAGGCCUCCCGUGUCUCCAGAUUUACCCGUCUACAGCAGGCCGGACAAAAAGCUACGCUCCCAGUCCCAACCUAUAAUGUGGCAGGCCGGCCAGCUGAGCCAGGAAGGGGCUCUGCAGAUGUUGCAACCCGCCCCCGCAGCUCCACUGCAGUCCUUAAACAAGUACAAGGUUCUUCCAGCUAUUGGUGGAAGGCAUGGUGUGCGUCCCGGGAGAGGCCUAGACCAAAACAUGUCCACGCUCAGCCUGUCUGAUAAUGCCGUCCUGCAGCAGAGGCACCGGCACGAGGAGCUAAAUCUCCCCACAGUGAAGGAUGCGACCCAGACCAGCCGCGCUCAUGUGGACAAGACGGCCGGGCCCAAGCCCCCUGACCCAGGACCAAUAAUGACCAAAGAAUCUGGCAGCUUGCUCCUAGCUAUCCGAGCCCCAUGUGGGAGGAGGUUUCAGCAGCACUUUGAUCCCACAGACACUCUGCUGAUGGUGAGAGCCAGUGCAGAGCUCAGGUAUGAGGCCGAGUACGGAGAGGCUUCCAUUGAGACCAUGGAUGUGCCACGCAGGACCUUCACAGACAUGGGCGUGAGCUUGGCCCAGUGUGGCAUCUUGAACAGAUCGGUGUUGUGCAUCUCACAGAAUUAA